AUGCCAGACAAGAAGGAAGAGAUAGAGGUCACCCUUGAGUCCCUGCCGCAGAUCCUCGAGAAUGAUACCAAGGUCAAGCUCGCGGGUAUCGAUGCGGAUGGAAUUCUGCGAGGCAAGCUUGUAUCCAAGAAGAAGUUUUUGGGUAUUGCCAAAGAAGGAUUUGGAUUCUGCUCAGUGGUCUUUGGAUGGGAUAUGCACGACCAGACAUACUUUAAAGAGUUGAAGAUCAGUAAUGCUGAGAAUGGAUACCGCGAUAUGAUUGCUAUUCCAGACCUGUCCAGCUUCAGAAGGAUACCGUGGGAGGAUGAUGUGCCAUUCUUCCUAGUAUCCUUUUUCGACCCAGACGAUGGAAAGCCGAUCAGUGCAUGCCCACGAGGCCUCUUGAAAACAACAGUAGAUAAGAUUAAAGCAAAAGGCUUGGGUGCAAUGGCUGGAGUUGAAUACGAAUUCUUCCAGUUCAAGGCCCCAUCCGCAGACUCAAACGGACCAUUGUCAGAGCGAAAUAAUUCCUCUACCGCGACGUUCCUGCGAGACAAUCCUGUCAAUUCCUUACCAUCGUUGACUGAGGGCAUGUUUGGAUACAGCUUGACUCGACCUGUACAUAAUCAAGAAUACUAUUAUGGCAUAUUUGAUGCAUGCGAGAAGUUCAAUUGCGGAAUAGAAGGCUGGCAUACAGAAAGUGGUCCGGGAGUAUUUGAGGCUGCGCUUUCUUUUGGAGAGAUUCAGCAAAUGGCAGACAAAGCUGGCUUAUUCAAAUACGUCGUCAAAUCAGUUGCAACGAAGUAUGGAAUCACACCUUGUUUUAUGGCAAAGCCACGGCAAGGUCUUCCAGGAAACAGUGGACAUAUGCAUGUCUCCUUGGUUGAUAAGGAUGGCAAGAACCUCUUCUUCCGAGAGAAAAAGGACACGGAGGCUGAGUGGGGUGACAUUGCGAAUCUGUCGGAUAUGGGAAGGCACUUUCUCGCAGGCCUUCUUGAAGGUCUGCCGGAUAUUAUGCCCCUUGUUGCGCCCACCGUAAACUCGUACAAACGUUUAGUCGAGAAUUUCUGGGCACCUGUAACUGUCUCUUGGGGAUUAGAGCACCGGGCAGCAUCCAUCAGGUUGAUCGCUCCUCCAACGUCGAAACCAGGAGCUACACGCUUCGAGGUCCGAGUUCCUGGUGCAGAUGCAAACCCAUUUUACGUGCUUGCUGCUAUUUUAGCACUGGGCUGGAGAGGCGUCGAAAAGAAAUUGGAGCUUAAACAGCGUCCUCUCGGCAAAGGUCAAGAUGUGGGAGGAAAGGCAGAUCCAGGAGUAAGACUGGCGAAAAGUCUGAAGGAGGCCACAGAAAGAUUUAUGCGACCCGAAAGUGUAGCAAGAGAGGUUUUCGGCGACGAGUUCGUGGAACAUUACGGUGGCACGAGAGAGCAUGAGAUUCGCUUAUGGGAUGAAGCUGUAACAGACUGGGAGGUACGGAGAUACAUCGAGACUGUGUGA